CUUCUUUUUUAUUUAUUUUAUUUAUUUUUUAAAUUCUGACUUUGUGUCAUAUCAUCUGUCUUGGUUUCCAACUUAAAAUCAGCAUAUAAUUCUCUUUCUAGCUUCUUUCACCAUCCAACCUAACUUUUAUGCAUUUUGUGGUUUCUAAAUCUCUUAUAAUGGAACAUUUAUUUAACCGACCUUAAUAAAAAAGACAAAUAUUACAAACCAAAAAAACUAUAUAAAAAAAUGACCAAAUCUUAAUACAAAAAGCCAAUUUUAUAACAAGAAACAAAUAAUAAUGAAGAUUUGUAAUUGCUUUUACAAAUACAAUGAUAUUGACAGAAAUAAUAAUUUAAUUAUAUAACACGAGCAUAACACCUAUACGUUUACUAUUGUUCUUCUUCACGUCCAUUAUUCCAAGGUUGUAAUAUUUGAGAUGGAGGAUGAUGAUGAAGAUGGCAAAGAUCUCUGUUUUUGCUCUCUGUUUUAAUUAGGUGGUGUAAAAAAAAAACUAUAAAUUAGGAAAAAAAAUUUACAAUCAAUUUAAUUAAAAAUGAUGAUGAUGAUAAAAGAUAGACAAGAUAUAAAGCCAAUAUUGGUGAAAUUUGGUGUGGCAUUAGCCUUAUCGUUUGCUGGUUUCCUCUAUUCUCGAAUUCGAAUUAAAAGGAUCAAUCCAUCUGAUCCCCCUCCUCCUCCAGUUUCAGCAGAUUCUGAUAAGAAAGCUGAUUCUGAGGGGAGAAUCAGGGUUAAGGAUUAUAAUCAACCUGAGAUGGAUUCAGUUAAUGCAGAUGACAAGCCAUGCAUUCGUGUCCGUGUUGAUAAUUCAGCCAUACAUGCCUCGCCUAAUGGUAGAUAUAGUGCUGAUCGAGAUGCAUUCUUGCUGCCCGAAUUUGAUCAGGUAGUCAAGGAAUUUGAUGCUGUAAACUCAUCCAAGACUGAUGGGGAGAGUUUUACAGUAAAAAAAGACUUACCUAAAUCACUUAGAAGAGAAGAAAGGGAUGACUAUGAACAAGAGAUAAUGAACCUUCAGAAAAGGAUAAAGUUCCUUGUCGAAAGAGAAAGGAAGCUUGAGAUUCAGUUGCUUGAGUAUUACGGUCUUAAGGAGCAGGAAACGGUGAUGAGGGAGCUCCAAAAUCGAUUGAAGAUCAAUAAUAUAGAAACGAAGCUUUUCUUGAUGAAGAUUGAGAAUUUGCAGGCAGAAAACAAGAGGUUAAAGGAACAGGUUGCUGAUUACUCUAAGGUUGUGUCCGAGUUGGAAGCUGCAAGGGCGAAAAUCAAACUUCUAAAGCGGAAGAUUAGGUCUGAGGCUGAGCAAAAUAGGGAACAGAUCUUAGACCUUACACAAAGAGUUGUGAAUUUCCAAGAGCAUGAACAUGAGCAUGAGGUUAGCACUAGUAUUUCUGAUGAUCAGUCUGAGGUGCAACGACUUACUGAGUUGGAGGCUGAAGCUGAGGAAUUAAGAAAGUGUAACGAGAAUUUGCAGCAAGAGAAUGCUGAUUUAGCUCAAAGAUUGGAAUCCACCCAAAUUCUCGCUACCUCCUUUUUUGAAGAUCCUGAUAAAGAGGAGCUACACAAACAAAUGAUUCGAUUAAGGGAAGAAAACGAGAAGUUGAUAAAUGAAGUUGAGAGGCUUCAAGUAGAUAGGUGUGGUGAAGUGGAGGAACUAGUCUACCUCCGAUGGAUAAAUGCCUGUUUGCGUUACGAAUUGAGGAAUUACCAGCCCCCUCCUGGUAAAACAGUUGCCAGGGACUUGAGUAUGUGCUUAAGUCCUACUUCAGAGAAGAAAGCAAAGCAACUUAUACUCGAAUAUGCUAAUACUGAAGACGGAGCAAACAAAGAGCCACCUAGCCUCACAGACUUUGAUUUUGAUCAAUGGCCUUCAUCACAGCCUUCUUAUCUCACAGACAGCACUGAUCACGACGAAUCCCCUGGUCCUAACUCUGUUCACAAACCCCACAACAAGAAAAUCAAGUUCUUUUCUAACCUACGAAAGUUAGUUAGAGGAAUCUCUAGUCAUCACCACCAUCAUAGUUAUAAUCAUAAUCAAGGCAACCAAGUUUCUCCGAUGUCUAGAUCUUUUUCGGUUGAUGACAUUGGGAUGAAGUACUAUGCAGCAGGACAUAGUGGUUCAAGAAGCAACCCCCAGAGUCCAAGAUUAGCAUCAUCUUCUCAAAACUCAAACAACUCUUCAAUGGAAUAUCAACCACUCACAAGCUUGGCCGAAGAAGAAGAGAAUGCUAAUCGAGUAAGAUCAAAGUCACUAAGUGGAGUUAGCCAUGUCCUCGGAAGGGAAAGACCUGGGGGUUUUUUGUCCUUAGAUUAUACACCGGUACAAGAGUCAGAUUACUGGCAAAAGUCAGAUUUGACAAAGUAUGCUGAAGUCUUCAGGGAGUCUAGAUGGUUGCAGAAACACAAAAAAUCUGCAUCAUAUAGUACUGGAUGAUUGAGGUAACAUAUAAUGUUGACUCAGGACUUAGGCCUUCCAGUGUACAUAUGAUAUACCGGGAAUUCAUCACAAUAUCCUCAGCAUUUUAUAUAUGAGGAUUUAACUAAUUUUGCCUCAAAUAAGAAUGACAUGCUUGGAUAAUAUACAAAUGGUUUGCACAUACGUAAAGGUAUGACUAAUAUAUGUUUGCUGAUGAUAUGUAUGGACUUAUGUUGCCAAACGAGUGAUUGAAUCGAGUCCAUUGUGUUUUAUUACGUAUUUUGGUUUGCACUGCGACAAUCCUGUGAACAUUAGCUGAGGUAUUUCUGCAUAACUUAAGUCAAUAUAACGAAGUAACAGCCCUGUUUCAAAUC